GCAACUCCACCGGGAGACCCAGAUAGAUAGCUCAGAGAGAGAUUGAUUCUGGAGAAAGUGAAAAAGUUGAGAUCUUUGUUUUUGUUGUUUUUUGGGGGGUGUUAGGGUUUCUGGGUUUGAAAGUUCGCAGCAAGACCUCUGAUUUGUUCGGCUUGGUUCACUGUUUUCGCCUGAAAUUAGCUUGACACUAAGAAUUUCUAUAUCUCCUAACUGUGAGCAAAGGGGGUUUCUGAAGCUAUGUUCUGUUGAUUGAUAGUUUUGGGAAGAGUGUUGAUAAUUUCGAAAAUAGUACAAUUGUCCUCUCAUUGGAUUGAAUUGGAUUUUAUUCUAGUAGAAGAAGGGUUAGUUGCAACAUGGGUUACAUGUGUGAUUUCUGUGGGGAUCAAAGAUCGAUGGUCUAUUGUCGAUCUGAUGCUGCUUGUUUAUGCUUAUCCUGUGACCGGAAUGUCCAUUCUGCGAAUGCCCUUUCACGGCGUCAUUCUAGGACCCUUGUGUGUGAAAGAUGCAAUUCACAGCCUGCAUUCAUUAGAUGUGUCGAAGAGAGGAUAUCUCUUUGUCAGAAUUGUGAUUGGCUGGGACAUACUGGCUCUACUGAGGCCUCAACUCAUAAGAAGCAGGCAGUCAAUUGUUAUUCUGGUUGCCCUUCGGCUGCAGAACUCUCCACAAUCUGGUCAUUUGUUUUAGAUAUUCCUUCUGUGGGUGAUUCAACUUGUGAAAAGGGAAUGAGUUUAAUGAGCAUUACUGACAAUAGUCUGACAAACAGCAUGGACCCUCCACAAAGUAAAGAUGGGCAAGAUGUGUCAGUCUUCAUCGAAGAGAAUGAUGUAAAGAAUAUUGAUAAGUCGAGUGAUUGGAUGGGGUCCUCUGCAAUGCCUGAACUGAGAACCAAGCGACAAAAUGUAAAUUCAACUUCAUCAAAGACGUGCUGUCCUGGAACAAAAGCAUCUGAUUUAGAAGAAGAUGAUAAAUUCUAUGAGGACUUCAAUAUGGAUGAAGUUGACUUGAAUAUUGAGAACUACGAAGAAAUAUUUGGUGUAGCUCUUAAUGAUCCAGAACAACUGUUUGGUAACGAUGGAAUUGGUAGCUUGUUUGGAGUGAAGGACAUGUCCGGUGCUGAUUUGAACCGUCGAGGAACAUAUGCAGCUGAGGGGUCAUCAAUUGGACUAGUUAAGUCAAUGCAGCCGGCUAUCAGCAAUCCGGCAUCUGCUGAUUCUGUGAUAAGCUCUAAAACUGAUCCAAACCUUUGCUUUGCAACGCAAGCCCAUUCCAGCAUCUCAUUUUCUGGUCUUAGCGUGGAGAGUAGUGCUGCAGAUCAUCAAGACUGUGGUGCUUCUCCAAUGGUUCUCAUGGGAGAGCCGCCUCCAUGGUGUCCUGAAAGUUCAUUCCCUUCAACUAGUAGGAGCAGCGCUGUUAUGCGUUACAUGGAAAAGAAGAAGACACGCAAAUUUGACAAGAAGGUUAGAUAUGCUUCUCGCAAGGCAAGGGCUGAUGUAAGGAGGCGUGUGAAGGGGCGCUUUGUCAAGGCUGGUGAUGCUUAUGACUACGAUCCGUUGAACGAAACCAGGAGCUUCUGAUAGCACAAUUUUUUAUACAGUUCUUGCAAGGAAAGGAAUGAUCAAUCUAUGUCAAGUUGGAAAGAGCGAAAGAAAACUGAUGCAUUAUUUUCCUUUGCAAUGACAAAUUGUGCAAGCGUAUCACAACAGAUUCACAGAAAGGUGGAUUUAGAAUGCUAUAUCUUAUUGGUUCACCAAUGAAAUUCAAGACAAGAUAUCUCAUUCUCCACGAGCAGAAAGAAUGGAUGGAUUAUGAAAAUCAUCCGAUGAAGUGUAAAUUGCUGCCCCCGGAAAAAUAAAAUUAAAAAUAAAGAAAAAGAAUGAAAGAACACUUAAUUGGCUCGCUCUGUCAGAACCAUGGUGAGUGUUCGUGACCUGAACUAAUUUAUCUUAUAUUUUGUUCCUUUAUCUAUCAUAUCUCUAAACCUCGUAGCCUUGGUAUGGUCUGUAGCCAAAUUCAACUGCUAGGUCAGAUUAAAACCUUCAUACUGUAAUAUCUCGCUCUCGUUUUUUUCGUAAGGUGUAUUGUAUAGGAUUGAUGUUUGAUUAGUUAGGGGAAGGCAUAUGGAUGGGUGCCAAAAUCCAGUGACCAUUAUCGGACAAAAUGCUUGAAAUUGUAAUUCUUGUAUUUCAUUUUCAGACUGGCAUGUACAGCGUAAAAUCAUUUUACAGUAGUUGGGGAGAGAAACACCAGUUUGUAAUAAUUCUGUAGUAGAUCAACACUCUUGAUGAACUUUUCAUUUUUUUUUACUACUGUGUGGAUCAAAACCCUGAAAUUACUA